AUGGCUCUGUGCCACCCUACAGCUGUGGGUCUCAACAAGGGUCACAAGUUGACCAUGAAUGUGAACAAGCCAAGGCACAGCCACAGGGGCCUCACCAAGCACACAAAAUUCAUGCGAGACACGAUCCGAGAGGUGUGCGGCUUCGCCCAAUGCAAGCAGUGGGCCAUGGCGCUACUCGAGGUCUCCAAGGACAAGCACGUCCUCAAGUUCAUCAAGAAAAGGAUGGGGACACACAUUUGUGCCAAGACGAAGAGAGACGAGCUGGGCAACGUCUUGCAGCCAUGA